UGUAUAUGUAAAUUGUAAAUAUUGAAUGCAAUUGUAAUUUAAAAUAGUUUGCUAUCUUACUUUAACUUACUUUGAUCUGAAAAAAAUAUAAAAAAAUCGUGUUUUAAUAAAACUUAUUAAAUAUGAUUCAUAGUUUAUUCAUAAUAAACCCAUCUGGAGAUGUGUUUCUUGAAAAACACUGGAGAAGUGUUAUACCCCGAUCUGUUUGUGAUUAUUAUCUGGAAGCGCAGAGAGCCUCACCAAAUGAUGUCCCACCAGUUUUAGCAGCUCCUCACCAUUAUUUAAUAUCUAUUCAAAGAGGUGGGGUAGCACUUGUAGCUGUAAGUAAGCAAGAGGUUGCACCACUUUUUGUUAUUGAAUUCUUACACAGGGUAGUUGAUACAUUUCAGGAUUAUUUUUCAGAUUGUACAGAGACUAUUAUUAAAGAGAAUUAUGUUGUUGUGUAUGAGUUGUUGGAUGAAAUGUUAGACAAUGGAUUCCCUCUUGCGACAGAGAGUAAUAUAUUAAAAGAACUGAUUAAACCACCAAACAUACUCCGAACAAUUGCUAAUACUGUAACUGGUAAAUCAAAUGUAUCCUCAAUAUUACCAUCUGGUCAGCUCUCAAAUGUACCAUGGCGUAGAUCAGGUGUCAAAUAUGCUAAUAAUGAAGCAUAUUUUGAUGUUGUGGAGGAAGUUGAUGCUAUUAUUGAUAAAAGUGGUGCAACUGUUUCUGCUGAAAUACAAGGAUAUGUUGAUUGUUGUAUUAAAUUAAGCGGAAUGCCAGAUCUAACUUUAACAUUUGUGAAUCCAAGACUAUUUGAUGAUGUAUCAUUCCAUCCUUGUGUUAGAUUUAAGAGAUGGGAGUCUGAAAGAAUCCUUUCUUUCAUACCACCGGACGGCAACUUUCGAUUAAUGUCAUAUCACGUAGGCUCACAAAGUGUGGUGGCUAUACCAAUAUAUGUGAGACACAAUCUUGUACUUAAAUCCAAUGGAGAUCAGGGCAGACUUGACUUGACUGUUGGACCGAAACAAACAAUGGGACGGACGCUAGAAAAUGUAUCGCUUGAAAUCUGUAUGCCGAAAUGUGUGUUGAAUUGUUCCCUGACGGCCAAUCAAGGAAAGUAUUCCUAUGAUCCCGUCAGCAAAAUUCUGAUAUGGGAAAUCGGACGUGUGGAACUGCCAAAAUUGCCCAAUAUUAGGGGAACGGUAUCGGUUGCAUCUGGAGCAGAUACAUCAGGUGCAAAUCCAAGCAUCAAUGUACACUUGACGAUACCGGCGUUAGCAGUAAGCGGCUUGCGUGUGAGUCGUCUAGAUAUGUAUGGAGCUAAAUAUAAGCCGUUUAAGGGUGUAAAGUACGUCACUAAAGCGGGAAAAUUCCAUAUACGUAUGUGAUGUAAAUAGUUCUUUUAGGUUUAUAAGCCUUACUUUAUAUUAAAAAUUUAUACAUUAUAGUCAUUAAAAUUGUGAACCAGCCGUACUAAAAAGAUAUUGUAUUUGCUCGUAUUAAAUGACUAACUGUCGAAGAGUUUUAAAAAGUUUAGAUUCCAGAUUAAAAUUAGUCCAGUUACUACUACUAGGUAGUUUUUACAUUUAAAAUAUAAAACAUCCGUUCUACGUAUCCCUAUAGCAAUUAAUUAUUUUUAUUAGAACACUGGACUCAUUCCAAUUUUUUAAAAAAUUUCAUUAGAAUUAAGAAAUUGGUUUUAUACUUUUCAGCUGCCAUUUAAAUGUUAUAAAUAAGAUCUUAUUAGCUUUCCCUCAUCAUCAGUGAAAAUAACGUCACGCUUAGGAAAAAAUACGAAACGGUAUUACCACUUUGUUUCUAUAAUAAUAAGCGCCUCUUGGCUCCCUUUAUUAGAUACAUUUCUAAACACAAUAAUCUUAGCACAAAGAAUUUGUGUAGUAAACUUAACAAAUUUUGUAAAACAGCUAAACUAAACUAGCUGUUACCCCCGCGAAAUUCGUUUCGUUUUAAUAUGUAUUUUAAUAAGCCUACUUUCUGAGUAGCUACAUACCAAUAUAUAAAACCUUUUUCCUUGACACCCUAUUGAGAGUGUUCGCUUAUCCGGAAUAAAAACCUAAGUACUAUUAUUAUUAUUGUAUCUUAUUUUGUCACUCAAUUUAAUAGGCUCCACAGUUUAAUUUCAUUAGUUUAUAAUAUUAGUGUAAAAGACAGGGUCUUCCAUAUUUUGGGCCCGUGCAAUUUGUUUAUCAUUUUAUAUAAUUAAUGUCUACAUGUUAUACAAUUAAACUUAAUAUAGUGAAUUGUAGGAGAAUACUUAAUAAGGAUGGUCAUUCUAAUCACUAAUGCAUUAAAAUAUAUGUUUACACAGUUUGUAAGUGGUGGUUAAAGAAUUUCUUUAUUUUAGAAGGAAACUAAGACAUGUUGUCCCUUUAACAUGUGAAAUAUGUUCAUUUACUUCAUAUAUAAUAUGUAUUGAAAUUUGAAGUGGAGUGAAGUAAUGACCAUCGUUCUUUAUCCUUGUUUUAUUAGUCAUAAAUAUAAAUUCCCGUAUAUAGAAAAUUCCCUUUCUUUAAUUCAAGUUGAAUGUAUAAGCAUUUAGGCUAAAUAUGUGGUUAAUUUAUCUUAUGUUGAAUAAAAAUUUUUUUUGGGUA